UUUAGAAUCACGCCCCCGAUGUCAGGGAAGCUCCUCCCCCUUCCCCGGGCCUGUAGUGUCCGCUGAGUAGGGGCAGUGCGGAGCCGGUGCCCGGGGAGUGAGGUGGGUGCCUGGGGUAGCGGCCGGGAUGGCGUUCAUGGACAAACCGCCUGCCCACAAAGUGCUGCUGGAUGAUACGGUGCCGCUUACUGCAGUCAUAGAGGCGAGUCAGAGCCUGCAGUCCCACACGGAGUACAUCGUGCGGGUCCAGCGAGGGGUCUCAAUGGAGAACAGUUGGCAGAUUAUAAGAAGAUACAGUGACUUCGAUAUGCUGAAUAACAGCCUGCAGAUCUCCGGGCUCAGCCUACCGCUCCCUCCUAAGAAGCUGAUUGGGAAUAUGGAUCGGGAGUUUAUUGCGGAGAGACAGAAGGGCCUUCAGAACUACCUAAAUGUCAUCACCUCCAACCACAUCCUGUGUAACUAUGAGCAGGUCAAGAAAUUCCUCGACCCGACCAACUAUUCUGCCAACUACACCGAAGUCGCCCUUCAGCAAGUGUCCAUGUUCUUCCGCUCGGAGCCAAAAUGGGAGGUCGUUGAGCCCUUGAAGGAUAUUGGGUGGAGAUUACGGAAACGAUACUUUCUAAUGAAGUGCAAGAGUCAGCCUAAAGAGCACCUUGUGCUGAGCUGGGCCGACCUGGGACCUGACAAGUACCUGCAGGACAAGGAUUUUCAGUGUGCGAUUAAACUGCUUCAGUCUUGGUCUCAUCCUUACAUCUAUCGCAUCACUUUUGCAACAGCCAGUGAAUCGUCAGCUCUUAUAAUCCGGCCGUUCAAUGAGAAGGGAACCCUGAAGGACCUCAUCUACAAGGCAAAACCUAAAGAUCCGUUUUUGAAGAAAUACUGCAAUCCCAGGAAAAUUCAAGGCCUGGAGCUGCAUCAGAUUAAAUCCUAUGGGAGACAGAUACUGGAGGUUCUAAAGUUCCUUAACGACAGAGGCUUCCCCUAUGGGCACCUUCAUGCUUCCAACGUCAUGCUGGAGGGGGACAACUGCCGGCUGAUGGAUUUAGAGAAUGCUUUGCUAGGACUUCCCUCCUAUUAUCGUUCCUAUUUUUCACAGUUUAGGAAAAUUAACACAUUAGAAAGUAUUGACGUGCACUGCUUUGGCCAUUUACUUUAUGAAAUGACCUACGGGCGCCCCCCCGAUUCCAUUCCACUUGACCAGUUCCCCCCAGCGCCAUCCAUGUCUGUGGUGUCUGUCCUGGAAUCCAUCCUGUCCAGCGAGGCGUGUAAAAGUGGCGUGCCUUCCGUGGCCCAGCUUCUCCAGAUGCCACUCUUUGGAGACGUGACCCUGACAAACUCUGAGAAACCUCAAUUCAAGAUUCCUACCAAACUGAAAGAGGCUCUUAAAACAGCCAGAGAAUGUAUUGAGAAGAGGCUCGUGGAAGAACAGAAACUGAUCUCCCAGCACAGGCGGCUGACUCGGGCGCAGUCUCACCACGGAUCUGAGGAAGAGAAGAAGAAGAGGAAGAUCCUGGCACGAAAGAAGUCAAAGCGCACAAGUUGUGAUACUGGGGAGGAGCAGGCAAUGAAGUCCAACAACUCCAAUAAUUCCGGUUCUGGAGCAAGUUCUCCUCUAACAUCUCCUUCAUCUCCGACGCCUCCUUGUACAGCAGGGGUCUCAACCAAUCCAACACCAGCGCCACCACCGCCUCCUGCGCCCCCGCCUCCUCCAGCAGCCGCGCCCCCUAGUUACCCGCCAGCAGCGCCCGCCGGCACCGCCGUGAAUGGAACCGACCGCGGAGCCUUACUCAGUUCUAUUCAGAACUUCAGGAAGGGGGGACUGAAGAAGGCCGUCACCAGCGACCACAGCGCCCCCCGGAUCAGCUGAGCGCGGCCGCCACACAGCGCCAAUCCCAUUCGCUAGACGUUUCACCACUUUAUUUUUUUCUCUUUUUAAAUUUAUCGCCGGCCCCUGACGGAGUCUGGUCUGUUUUAUGGGACAGCGCUUCUCUGAUUGGGCCCCCGGGGCCAGGCGGAUAGACGCUGCUCAUACGGGACGUACCAAGCAGGUAUGAUGCCCCGCAGGGGCUGAGAUACGCCCCCUCCCCUUUGCUGCCCUCUGAUUGGGCACAAGGUGGCACAUGGUUAAUCAUCUCUGCGGGUCUGGGUGGGACCUCUCGCCCGUCUGGGGCUGUUAUAUUCGGGAGGGUCAUUAAAGGCACCCAUUUUAGCAUUUCAUUUAAUAGGAAGACUGUACUGGAUGGUUUGGUGAGUGACAAUAUACUCCUUUUUACUAGUAUGUGGUGUAUUUCCCCUUUAAUAGGCAGGGGGAGGGGCAUUACACGUAGGGUUGGAGAAUGCCAGCCAAUAGUGUGGGCUCAGGCAAACAGCAGUAUCUGUUGCUACCCAGGUAUUGGGCAGAGGGCUGUCAAACUGGGCCAGAUGUGGCCCCCCAGGUAGGCCUGCCUCAGGGGCCCCUACAUUUAUCUGUAUGAAUCCGUAUGGCAAAUCCGCCCACUACAUGGAACGACUGGGACGUACAGCCCAGAGAGAGCCAGGAAUAGCAAUAUGGCAGCUCCCGUGUUCUGCCCACACAGACUGUAUCUAUAAAGUGUAUCUCACUGUAGCUCAUAACUAAUUUUCCCAUGUAGGAAGCUGUUUGCUGGGAUUUAGGGGAGCCCUCCAGCCGUUCUGAGCUGGAGGGCUGCGAAUGUGACGUGUAUCCACCAUAUCGUGGUGACUGUAAUACUGCUUUUCUCUGCCUUAAAUCCGUCCCUGUAUCCUGUGUUCAUAUGUCGCAUUGUAUGAAAUCACGUAGGAAACCUCAGCUGCAGCAGAACUACAACUCCCAGCAUGCUCUUGGCCAGGGGCUAGUUGGUGAGCUUUAGGGGAACCCCAAAGCCCUCAGCUCUGCAGAGCCGAGCCAGUAAUUCUGCCCCCAAGUCACGUCUGGAAACCUAUCCCUUCCCCCCACUGAUUGGUCUGUAUGCCCCCCACUCCCACCCCCCACUGAUUGAUCUGUAUGCCCCCCACUCCUGCCACUUUAUCCUCCCACCCCCCACUGAUUGGUCUGUAUGCCCCCCACUCCUGCCACUUUAUCCUCCCACCCCCCACUGAUUGGUCUGUAUGCCCCCCACUCCUGCCACUUUAUCCUCCCACCCCCACUGAUUGGUCUGUAUGCCCCCCACUCCUGCCACUUUAUCCUCCCACCCCCCACUGAUGCUCUCUGCUGCUUCCCCACCAUGGUACUGCAGAACCCUCCCUGGUAUGAGAAAACCUAAUGAAACUGGCUUGUCACUGGCCCCACCCAAUUACCCAUCACAGAUUACGUGUGUCACAUGGUAUAAACGGCUCUGCAGAACCCUCCUUGAUAUGAAAUGGCCACAUGUAAUUGUCUUGUCACUGACCCCGCCCACUUUGUGUCACAUGGUAUAACUGGCUCAGUAAAGGCUGAACAUUUAUAUACAUAUAUAGCGCAGCCUACAGUUCCCAGAAUCCUAGUUGAGCGCAGCCUGUCCAUCCCAUGGGUUCCCUAGUGCAAAUACCACAUGUGCUUGGUGUUACAUUCCCUUUAAACCAGUUAAAGGGGUGUUUACAUUGCUUAGUCCAUUAGCAGCAAUCCGUUUCCAAGGAUGGGACAUCGCGGGGCUGUCUGACUCCUUUAUUGCACUUUAACCUGUUGCACAGACGGCAGAGGGAAUGUCGUGUAUAUGUUUUGUCUCCGGCUCUGUGAUACAUUGUAUAUUCCGUCAUAUUUUUAUUAAAAUAACGAACCCUUC